AUGUCAUCUCUAUCGUUUGAAGUGAAUACUGAUUAUAUGAGAAUGGAUGAAGUAGUGUAUUUUAGUGGAGUAUGCGAUUUAUUUCGAUCUGAUUUGGUAAAAUAUGUACAUCUUCCAAUACCAUUGUACAAAACAAAAAAAUAACUUGAACGACAGAAUAUUUCAUGACUAAGUAAUCUCUUUUUUUUGAUAUUAUCUGGAUGUUCUACUUUAUGGUUUCUUGUAUAAACGGCUAAUCCACAUUUUUGAAAGAGUUUUGUGUCGAUGACUAGGCGGGUUGAACCACCCAAACUAAUGAAAAGAUUAAUAGAUGCAUAAAAAGUUAUAACCCAAGCGUGAAACAUUCGAUCAAUGAAUUUAUUUUCAUUAUUGUUCACCUGUAUUGAAAGAGUUAUAUCCUUCAUUUAAGCAAAUUGUCAUCUAUCAUACACUAAACUACUUCAUACUACGAUAUUGUUCUUCCCUAUGUAUAUAUCUCUCUAUUCUCUCUCCAUAGUUCUAAUCUAUAUUCAUCUAUCUAUACACUUCUCUCUUGUAUAUAUACUUGUGGCAUAUGUGAAGUAGUUACACUCUGGAUAUGUGAAGUACCUGAAUAAACAUCAUUGCCGAGAGUGGCGGAAAGCUACUCAUCCAGUUCGUCGUUACAAUUAUAUAACACAUGCACGAUACGAUAAAGUUGUAUGAUAUUAUUCCCGUGUAGGCUUUUUUUUUAUCUCUCUUCUUUUCAUCUUCUUGUUGUUUUUUUUCGUCUUUUGGUUAUUUUAUACACUUUUUGUGAAACACGAUCUGAAAGGAGUGUUGAAGUGUUCAGGGGUAGAAAUUUGGACCCCUCCCCCCCCCCA